AUUACUUCUCUCUUUUGAAGUUGCGCGCCAAAGCCCGCUGCUUUGACAGUCAGCUUGUUUUGACAAGUUGGUUUCUCCUUUUUAUCUUACUUUGCCUAUUCAUCGUUUAUAAAUCGUUUAUGGAUUCACAGUCGUAUAUGCCCGUACCUCCGGGUAUCGGGAUGGAGGAGAACUAUUUCUCCCUGGAUGAUAUUUUGUUGUCUCAGGAGAGGCUGCCGAGCAGGACAGAGUGCGCGUUCCCACGGCUCGGGUUCCUUGAGAAGUCCAGCGAGAAUCGAGAUAUACCUGAGGGUAAUAAGAUGGAGAUGCCACUGUGGCUGGCCAAGGGUCUGUAUGAGAAGAAGAGGCGAGUGCUGUCCGUGGAGCUGCCCAAGGUCUAUCGUGAGGGUUGGAGGACUGUGUUUGGAGCAGAUCCCACUGUCGUAGACCUUCACAAAAUGGGGCCCUAUUACUAUGGCUUAGGUUCCCAGAUGCUGCAUUUCGACAGUCCUGAAAACCCAGAGAUUGCUCAGACUGUACUCCAGACCUUUAUCGGCCGUUUCCGCCGGACCAUGGACUCGUCCCAGAACGCCUACAAUGAGGACACAUCAGCGCUGGUGGAGCGUUUGGACUAUUUAGAGAGAAGCUUGUUUAAGGCUGGACAAAGUGGACUUAAUAGUUUCCAGCAGUGGGAAAAAGGUCGGUCCUCUCACCUCACUGCUUCUAGUCUAGUUGUCAACUACAGAAAGAGAAAAAUCACCGACCUCCAGACCUAAGAGGCGGUCUUAGACAACAGCCUGAUAAGACGGACUGGAGUAAGAGCGGUGUAGAGGUUAUUUAGAGUUUCUUGUGAGUAUAUGAGACCUUUUGUGCGUUAUUUCUAAAUGUAUAAACUUUUUUAUAUUUUACUGUAAUGUAUGUCGCUUUGUGUUUACAUUUUGGUAUAAAGUCAAUAAAUCCAGUUAUCCAAUUA